AAAAAAUCCCAUGACAUGAUGCGACCCACCCCGGCCUCGGUCUAAAAAGUCCCUACCGUCUCCCUUCGUCUUCUGCAAACCCUACGUCAAUAAUGCCCAAUCCAAAACCCUAACCCCAAGAAAAAAAACAAAAUGGCGAUCGGCGGCGGAGGCGGCGGAGGGGACUCUCCGUACACGACGGCGAAGACGUCGGUGUGGUGGGAUAUCGAGAACUGCCAGGUCCCUCGGGGGAGCGACGCUCACGUGAUCGCUCAAAACAUCAGCUCCGCCCUCGCUAACGGAGGGUACAAGGGUCCCGUCACCAUCUCCGCCUACGGCGACACCAACAAGAUCGCCAGCGGCGUUCAGCAAGCGCUCUCCAGCACCGGAAUCGCCCUCAACCACGUUCCGGCUGGGGUUAAAGAUGCGAGCGAUAAAAAAAUUCUAGUUGACAUGCUUUUCUGGGCAGUUGACAAUCCUGCCCCUGCAAACUACCUACUUAUAUCUGGUGAUCGUGACUUCUCUAAUGCUCUCCAUCAACUACGCAUGAGGCGAUACAAUAUUCUACUCGCUCAUGCACCAAAUGUAUCCCAGGCACUUGUUGCUGCUGCUCGAAGUGUGUGGCUCUGGUCAAGCCUCUUGGCUGGAGGAUUACCGCUGAAUAAAUCAGAGCUGAGUUAUCUUGGUAAUGCAUUUGGUUCUAAAACCUCAGAGGCAAGCAACAAAACUGAAGAGGAACCGGCUUGUAACGAUAUCUCUAAUGUGAGAGCUGAAGCUGAUAACCAAUUUAAAGGUAAUAAGCAAACUCGGGAAAACCAACUUCUAGCGAUGAUUCAGGGAUUGGUCACCAAUCAGCAGCACUUGGCGAGACAGCUUCACAGGGAGCCGCAGGACCAGCCUCCCCCUCGCGCAGAGUCUGGAGUUAGAGAGUUUCGAUAUAUGCGGCCUCCUUCCUUUUCUGGUGCCGAUGGACCUUUAGCAGCAGAGGAGUUUCUCAAGGUCACUGAGACUAUUCUCACGGUGACCCGCAUCCCCCAUGCUGAAUGGGUGGACCUCAUCGAUAUUCAGCUCACCGACACCGCUCGGAUUUGGUGGAUUGCAGAGAAGACUCAUCUGGAGAGGCCCAUCUUGUGGGAGACGUUCACCGAGCGCUUCAACAGGAAAUAUUUUCCUCAAUCAGCUCGGGAUGAACUCCUACGAAGAUUUGUUGAGCUCAAGCAAGGAGGGCGAACAGUAGAUGAGUACGAGACCGAGUUUUCUUCUUUGAGCCGAUAUGCUCCCCACUUGGUUACAGACCCCACUAUCAGGAGACAUCAGUUUCAGAAGGGUCUGGACAAGUACAUUAGGAUGGCUCUGGCAGGUAGAGCUUUGGCGACCUAUGAUGCGGUACUGGAUGCAGCACGCGAGAUUGAGAGCGUGCAUAAGGAACCUGAAGACUCUCACGUGAUUCAAAGCAGGACACCAGCAGCUCCGGCCCGGAAUGUCGAGCGUCCCCCUCCGAGACAGCAGCAGCAGGCUCCGCAGAGACAGCAGCAUUCCCAGCGUCAGCCAUCUCAUCAGGCUCACCCUUAUCAGCGUCCUGUUGUGCAGAUUCGCGGCCAGCCAUCGGUGAAGUGUACUCAUUGUGGCAGCAGUUCCAUGUUUCAGCUGUGACUCAUAUCCCUUUAAAUUGUUUCAGGUACUGGAACCUGCAAUUUCGCAUCAAGUUCUUCUUCCAGCGUGAAUCCUGGCAUGAAUCCUCCUUCGAACCCUGCUCAGAGUCCUCCUUCGAAUCCCGUUACGAGUCCUCCUUCGAACCCUGCUCAGAGUCCUCCUUCGAGCAGCAGCUCAGGUACUGGGUCAACAGGAAUCGGUUCUACACCCACUGGUUUUGCUCCUGCUUACGGCUCCAGUUCUGGGUCAGGCUCAUCAGUGUUCAACAGCACCAGCUCCUCUGGCUCCGGUUCAGUGUUCCCAUCAGAGAGCCCCAUGGGGACAAUAAGCACCAGCCCAUUCUUUCGAC